UUUGGUAGAUUCAGUUUCAUAAAUCAAACUUAAAAAAGUUCAAACUCAGUUCCCCCGGCAACUUAUGCUGGCAAAUUAACCUGGUCCGGGGCAGGCUAACUGUCAGGCUAAGUCUGAGUUCAGACUUAACGAGCAUACCAUUUAUACUCACCUGCUGGUAUUUCGAUGUCAUUUUAUUUUACUUAACCACUAUUAGUAUUUUUUUUAAAUAUAAAUAAAUAAAUAAGGAAAUGUACUUUACUAAUAAAUGUAAGAAAUUAUAAGGUAUAAAUACACUAAGAAAUGUUCAAAACUUGUGUGUUUAAUUGGUGAGUUUGGUUAAUGAGUUUGGUAAUUAAUUAAAAGUAUAUAAAUAGGGAGCUGAACUCGUCUCCAAACUUAAUCAUGGCAUGUCCUUUCAUAGAUGAGGUGGUGGAUGAGGGAGCUAUAGUCUUGCGGAGGGCAUUUCAAAGAGAGAGAACUUUCAGAGACAGGUCAGACCAAUUGGCUUUUAAUGACAGCUACCUGUAUGAGCGAUAUAGGUUCUCAAGAGAUGGGAUUGCAUAUAUUUGUAGAUUACUAAGCCCAUACAUUGCAAAUAAUACACGCCGCAACAGAGCGCUCACAGUCCCACAGACGGUGUGCAUUGCACUUCGCUUUUUUGCCAGUGGAACAUUUUUGUACACAGUUGGAGAUGCAGAGAAUAUCAGCAAAGCAUCAGUUUGCCGCUCUGUACGAACUGUGUACCUUUCUUUAAGAAGACUACUCAAUGUGUUCAUCACAUUCCCUGGCCACAAAGCUAUUCGUACCAUUAAACAUGCCUUUUAUGGAAUAGCUGGUAAGUUCAAAUAACUAUAAAACAUGGAAAUAUUUCUUGACUGUUGAUUUUACAUGGGAUAUUUAAAACAAAUAAUUUUCCUAGGUUUCCCAAAUGUUAUCGGUGCAUUGGACUGCACCCAUGUGCGUAUUAAGUGUCCGUCUGGUCCACAUGAAGCGGACUUUGUGAAUAGGAAAUCAGUACACAGCAUCAAUGUACAGAUGAUUAGUGAUGCAGAUUGCAUCAUCACAAAUGUAGAGGCCAAAUGGCCAGGCUCUGUGCAUGACUCCAGAAUCUUUAGAGCCUCAUCUCUCUACCAGCAACUAGCAAGAGGAGAAUUCUCAGGAGUUUUGCUGGGAGACAAGGGAUACCCAUGCCUGCCUUACCUCUUGACUCCCUAUCAGGAGCCCCAGACAGAGGCACAGCACCGCUACAACAUUGCCCAUGCACGCACAAGAGGUCGUAUAGAGAUGGCAUUUGGGCUGAUAAAGUCAAGGUUUCAGUGCCUGAAGCACCUCAGAGUGACUCCACCUAGGGCAUGUGACAUUGUAGUUGCUUGUGUAGUGCUCCAUAACAUUGUCUGAGGAGAGAGAGGCAACC